UUGUUCAAUUUAAACACGUUUUACGAAAUUGGAAUACAAAAUGAAUCAUUCCCACGAUAAACUAUCACAGGCAGGAUAAUAAUAAUAAUAAUGAAUUGGAACACUAGAACACCCCAUAUUAACGUUAUUGCUAAAAUGGAACGGACGUGUGCAUUUGUUUUUUGGGUUAAAUUUUUGACUCUAAUCGCCCAAUCCGAAGCCGGAAUACCUUUAAACUUACGCUGUUCAUCACGACCUGGCUUCUCAACCUUCAGCAGAAGUGCAGCUCCGCCAUAUCUGGAAGCAGAACCAUAUUUGUCUUUCCUUCCUAGCUUACCUUUUCCGGCACAACCAGAUUGCUCUACUGAAUGUACUCCAAAACCAACCAUCAAGACAGUUGUAAUACUCCAUAAGUGCCAUAACAACGAUGAUACCAACGUAGAAAUAGUGAUUACUAAAGGAAAGAAACAAACAAAGGACGGUAAGGAAGUACAAGAUGAAAAUGACGAUGAUGAAGCAAGUACUCAAGAUGUUACAAUUCAUCAAACUACAACUACUAUUAAUCAAGAAACUAAUGGAGAGCAAAAAGUUAAUGAGUUGCAAAAUAAAGGCGAUAAAAAAGUUGAAGUAACUAAGCAAGAAACGACGAAAUUGAUAGGAAAUAAAAAUGACAAUAAUGACCAAACCAUAAAAAAAGAAAUCGUGUAUCAGACUAUAACUAAUAGUUAUGCAUUACCUUUCGACGCAGGAAAGGUAGACAAAGAGUUACCUAAUAAAGAUGAUUCAAACUUAGAAAUAUCUAAAGCAAGCAAGGAAACACUUGAAGGUAAAUUGAUAUCAUAUAAAUAUGACAGUGAUAAAAUGGCUGAUAAAAACGUAACCAAAGAUGUUGUGCCAAAUGAUGAAGGAACAGCAGAAGGCAGUGAUAUUAUAGCUGGAGGUACUAUAAUUAAUGAUGAUAUAACUGAUGCAGAUUAUGUCAAUGCUGAUGACGAAGCAGAAGAUGAAAAUUCAUCAGACGAUGACAAAUAAAAAAAUUAAACAUAAUUUCUAUUUUAGGAUUAUUUUAAUAAGAAACAAUAUAAUUAUGUUGUUACUGCAAUUUUUAGUAGAAGUACAAUUAUGUUUUGAUACAAACGUAUACCAUACAAACUCGUAGCGCAGACCCUAGAUUAUACAUCUGUGAAUAUUCUUUUCAAAUAAAACGCUUCGAGAUUUUAUUUUA